UUUUUUUUUUUUUUUUUUUUUUUUUUUUAAUUUAGGUUUCCAGGAGAAGGAGAGAGAUCACAGAUCUUCUAUUCAUAUGAAGAGAUCUUUCCUUUUCUUGUAUGUGCUCCUAGUACAUGCCUUGUAUGGUGCUUGGUGUAAUAGUGUUGGAGGAAGCCUGCAUUGUGAAUAUUCCAAUUUAGCGAAUCUUCACCGGCCUCACAGCGUAUCCAUUACAGAGUUUGGAGCGGUUGGAGAUGGCGUGACGCUAAACACCAAAGCCUUUCAGAAUGCUUUGUUCUACCUCAAUUCUUUCUCUGAUAAAGGCGGUGCCAAGCUUUUUGUUCCCGCUGGUCAGUGGCUUACCGGGAGUUUCGACCUUAUCAGUCACCUCACCUUGUGGCUAGAUAAAGGUGCAACGAUUCUAGGAUCAACGAGCUCAGAGGAUUGGCCCGUUGUUGAUCCAUUACCAUCGUAUGGACGUGGAAGAGAAUUACCUGGUAAAAGGCAUAGGAGUCUUAUAUAUGGUCAGAAUCUCACAGAUGUAGUCAUAACAGGCGAGAACGGGACAAUAGAUGGGCAAGGAAGUGUAUGGUGGGAUUGGUUUAGAAAUGGAGAGCUAAACUAUACAAGACCUCAUCUUGUUGAGCUCAUGAACUCUACUGGUCUGAUCAUCUCCAACCUCACAUUCCUGAAUUCACCGUUUUGGAACAUUCAUCCUGUUUAUUGCAGAGAUGUUGUUGUAAAGAAUCUUACAAUUUUGGCUCCGCUUGAAUCUCCAAACACAGACGGAGUUGAUCCAGACUCAUCAACUAAUGUUUGCAUAGAGGAUUGUUACAUAGUUACCGGAGAUGAUUUAGUGUCGAUAAAAAGCGGAUGGGAUGAGUAUGGAAUAUCAUACGCAAGACCGAGCUCCAAGAUCAAGAUCAAUAGGUUAACAGGUCAAACUACUUCAAGCUCAGGAGUCUCAAUAGGAAGUGAAAUGUCAGGAGGUGUAUCUGAAGUAUAUAUCAAAGACUUACAUUUAUUCAAUUCGAGUACUGGGAUCAGGAUCAAGAGUUCUCCGGGAAGAGGAGGGUAUGUCAGAAACGUUCACGUCUUCAACGUGAAGCUCGAUAAUGUAAAGAAAGCGAUAAGGUUCACGGGCAAGUACGGUGAACAUCCUGAUGAAAAUUUUGAUCCCAAAGCGCUCCCAGUUAUCGAGAAAAUAACGUUUGAGAAUGUUCAUGGCGGUGGAAUCGGUGUUGCGGGUCUUCUUGAAGGUAUAGAUGGAGAUGAGUUCAAGAAUAUAUGUUUCCUUAAUGUCACUCUUACAUUGAAGAAGAAAUCGAAGAAGUCUCCAUGGGAAUGCUCAAAUGUUAGAGGUUAUUCACAGUGGGUUUCGCCGGAGUUUACUUGUGAUUCUUUGAAAGAGAGUAUAUUCCCGGAACAUCAGUCUGAUUGUUUCGGGUUAUCGGAAAAUAAUCAUCUGGAGAUAUCAAGUGGUUUAAGUAGAUCACCAUGGUUGCUUUCUUGGUAAGUUACUGUCAAGUUUUGCUUGAUUCUAAAGAAACCUCUUUCGAUAUCUCCUUCCAAUUUUUUCCUUCAGAGGUUUCGUUUUCUUACAGUGAUGCUUUCUUGUUUUUGUUGUUUUGUUGUAAUUUGUAAAUUUGUGUGCAGUGAGAAAAAAUAAUCAGAGUGGCUUAAGAGUUUUUGUUGUCUUUCUCUUUCUUUUUUUUUGUUUGUUUUUUUUUUGUAUGGGCUUUUUAAUGCUUUGGUGAGCGGAAACCAAGUGUAAUAUCUCCGACAGAGUCUUCUGGAAUUUUUUGACAAUUAUUUUUCUA